CAGUGGCGAGCAUCAGAGAACAAACGUGCUAUUUUGCCACAGCAUAUCGGGUACAACCUAGGUGACUGUGAUUUAAUAUUUGGACCCGCAAUUGUUGAGUCUCACUGGUUUUGCUUUGUGUUGGAGCCAAAAACAAUGCAUUUUUAUGUCCUGGACUCCAUGAGGCUGCCUAAUGAUAUGCCAAAGAAGACCAAGAAGAAGGAUUCAUUGGAAGAAAAAAGGAUGUUUCAUCUUCAUGCAUGUAGAGACAACUUUUAUGAUAUAAUUGCAUUAGUCAGACCUCAACUUGUUGGGAAGAAGCCUAAGACUGAUAUUAUUUUUGCACCUGUUCCACAACAGAACAACUUGAGAGAUUGUGGUGUUCAUGUGUUGAUCUGGCUAAGCAAAUGGGUCCCGGAUGUGACAUUUGACUUCAAUGAGAAUCAUGUAGCUGAGUUUAGGCGUGAGCUAAUGUGGUGGCUAGUUAAUCAUCCGCAAAAUUCAAGUCGUGAAGAAGCCUUAACUCUCCUCUCAGAACAGCAGAACAAGACAACCACCAAAAGACGACGUUUGUCAUAGUACUUAGUAGGAGGUUCCUUUUACAUGUCUAUGUGACACUCUGAUGUAGUUCCAUGUUAUUUAACUUGGGAGAACAUUUAUGUACAUGGCAGAAGGACUGAUUUCAAGAUUA